AAACCCAGUACCUCAACUCUCCAAACUGCAUUCCCUGUGAUCCUCGUCUCACUCCCGGACGUUGGAGCAAUUCUCGUCACAACGAUCGGAAAUCCGGCUGCUUUUGCCACGAAUCACCGCUUCACACAAUCGAUGAGGUGUAAUGAUUUGAAACGUGCCGUGGAAGAUGUAGUCCUUCGUCCAGAUGAGAAUCGUCUAACCGAUCUUCAUCACAGAGACACCAUCGCAGCCUUAGAUCUUUGCCAACUGGAACCUUCAUCGCCAGCUCCACGACCAGACGAAAUAUCAGCAUCCACAAUGAACGCGUGCUCUUGUUCCAGUGAAAUAGUCGGAAUUCAAACAUCUUCUACAGUAAUGGCAGAUUCAACACGUCCACCACCUCCAUUAUGUGCAAGUUCUUCCUUAGACGCUAUCAUGUUCCGGCAGCAGCCUAUCCCGUCCCACAGGCAUUCGGCAAGCGGGUCUCGAAGGCAAUCGAGGGUUUAUUCGAAUUUACAUUCCAAGAGGAAGAGGAGUAAUUCGUUAACUAAUUAUAAUAAGGGUCAAUCUCUGUCAGUUUCUCUUCCACCAUCAGCUCGACAUACACCUCAUCGAUUUGUGAAUGAAGAAGAUGCAUUUCGAAACUCAAUGGCGUCGUCUGAUUCGCAUUCUUCAGUCGCUCGUAGUGAUGAGUACAAUAAUGGUUACGUACUGGAAGAGGAAGAAUCAGCAAUUCCUCCAGGAGCUCCACCGGAUCCUCCCUCUCUUCUCCACUCAAAUCACUCAACAUGCUCAUCAUCAUCGUCAUCGAAUCCGUUCACCUCUUACCGUCAACCCAGAAAUGAAUUUGACGAUGAUAUGAUGGAUUGCGACUAAUCUAAAAAAAAUCGAAAAAAAUUCCGUUUGGAAUUUUUUCUCCAACUGUUCACCUAGCUUAACCUUGCCGUUUUUCAAAUCCAUGUCAUAAGUUUACAUCCACUUUCUCAUCCAAUUGUAGUCGUUUUCCAUCAGAUUCUCGUCUAGAACACCGGUCCUGUCGCUCCCCCUUUUCCCCAAACAUUUGUCAUUUUUUCCUGAAUUUUCGUUUGCUUUUCUUUGUGAUUUUAUGUUAAACUGCUUUAAUAUGUUGUGCUAUCAUAAGAUAAUAAACUUAUUUUUUCU